CGUCUGCCGUGCCUGAAGUGGUGAACAUGGCGGCUGGUUGUUGUGGAACCAAAAAACAAAAGCUCAAUAAUUCUUCAAGUAUUCCUUGCAAUGGAACAUCUGUGAUUCCGAAUGGCAUUAAAAAUGGAAUGGUUGCUCAUCCAGAAAUGUGUUUUUUCUGCUUUGAUGUUUUAUACUGCCAUUUACACAGUUUAGAACCACCCAAAACUCCUGACUUCUGCAACGAUCCAUAUCCAUUGUUCGUUACAUGGGAGAUCGGAAAGGACCGUCGGCUCAGAGGAUGCAUUGGAACUUUCAACUCCAUAAAUUUACACAACGGGAUUCGAGAGUAUGCUGUUACAAGUGCUAUCAAGGACUCGCGCUUCAGUCCCAUCACUCGGGAGGAGUUGACGAAGCUGCAUGUGUCAGUGUCAAUUCUCCGUCACUUCGAGGAUGGGGCUGACUACAAGGACUGGGAGGUGGGAGUGCACGGCAUCCGCAUAGAGUUUCACAAUGAGAAAGGCAGCAAGCGCACAGCCACCUACCUUCCUGAAGUUGCUACGGAACAAGGGUGGGACCAGAUCCAGACAAUCGACUCACUCCUUCGCAAGGGAGGAUUUAAGGGCCUGGUGACACCAGACAUCCGACGCAACAUCAAACUGACUCGGUACCAAAGUGAGAAAGUGAGUGUUGGCUAUCAGGAGUACCUGAACCACUGGCGCAGCCGACAUUGCUAGCAGCAGCUAUGGGACUCUCCUGUUGCUGGGAGAGUCCCGGGCUGGUGGGACCCCCACUUUGCCCCGCCGCCACCCCCACCACCCCCGCAUAACUACGGUACUUACCCCAAAAAGCGCAAGUGACGUCGACCCGACCUCAGAAAAUGUGCGUUUUACUGUUUAGCUUCCGGCCUUCUGGUGCAAUUAUUUCUCGGUUUAUUGACUGGAGUUCUGUGACUUCGGUUUGGAAAAUUGAGGAAUCUAGGCAAGUUUUGGAAGAAAAUAGCUUACCGGUUUGUAUCAGAUUAUUGCUCACUCGGAUUGAAAAAUCAGCUGGAUGCCUGAAUGUGUUCAUGACGAAGAGGCCAGACAUGAACUGACGUGCUGUAUAACGAUUGUGGAUUGACGUUAGUGUAGCCAGAAUCGGUAUCUCAUAUACCUUUUGACUUUCAUGUGCUAAUUACGAAUGUUACAAUGUAACAUCAGUUAUUCCCUCCAAUUCGAGGGCCGUGUACUUCAUAUACAGUUGACAAUUGACAAUAUAGGUCACUUGAGCCAUUUAAAAGUUGCAGGUAGAUGCAAACGGUGUUUUUUAUUAUUCGGUUUUUAUAAUUUUAUAACACAAUGAAGCAUUUGAAACCAGGUUUGGUUAGGAUGCCUGAUUUCAAGUUUAUUUUUUAACCUAAUUGAAAUUUAUACCGUAUUAAUAUUUUAGUAAACGAUUUUUAAUAGUUUUCAAACAGGUUGUUUAGUUUGAUGGAUUUAUGAAAUUGAAUUUUAGGCUUUCUAGUAAAAGAGGAAAAACAUUCUGCUUCUUAAUUCUACACAACUGUAAUGACUUUUUAUUGCAUAGGCAAAUAAAAUUUACAAUCAAAUAGUUUACAAAUUGUACAGGGGUCAAUUGAAAUGAAUGUUUAAAGGUGUUGCUUUUAGAAGUACCUUGAUCUAUUUGUUAAUAUUUAGAGAGCUUUUCUUGAAUAGAUACAUGAAGAGUCAAAGUUGAUAAGUUAAUAAGUUAAUUGCAAUUAAAUAAAAAAUCCAUAGUAAAGACAAUUAAUUUCAAAUUUUAAUUGGGAGUAUUUUUACAAAUUUGUAGUUUAGCAUAAUUCUUUUUACGAUAGAGGUGUUUUUAGUUUUCAUCUAAAAUCCUUUCUUCUAAAAUAAUCGGUUUAAUUUAAUUUUAUUGUCUUAAUAUAGUUUUCAUGUAAUAACCUACCUAAUCACCAUUAACAAGAAUUUACGUUGUUAUGAAAUAUAUUUGAUGUUAACAUAGAUUUUGUGGUCCCUUAACUGAAAACACAUCAUGAGUAUCCUAUUCUGCAUAUAUAGUUAAUAAAUUAAUACCAAACUUGUUAUUAAAUGUCUAAAAGCCUUUAAAAGUACAUCCAUCUAACUUAAAAGUGUGUCCUUAACAGAAAGUACCCAUUAUCAUUAGUUAAGACAUUAAAUAUUUUUAAGGACUUUUUGAGCUUUUUUAUUUAUUUUGAGAGACAUUAGUCGUGUAUUAGGCCCCGUUUAUGCACCAAGAGCGGGAGUGGUAGCGACAGGGGGAGCGAUUUCUAACACCAUUGAGUUAAAUGGGGCUGUUUAUGCACCAAGAGCGAUAGCGGUAGUGGUUGACCUCCCGCUGCGGUUUCUAAUUUGACCGCUGUGUAGUUAGAAAUCGCAGCGGUUGCUUGGGAUGGAGCGGUUUUCAACUACAUUGAGUCAAAUGGACUGUUUAUGCACGGCGAGAGCAGGAGCGGUUACAGCCAGGGUUGCCAACUUGACCCACGCGCACUCGUAGGAUAGACCAGUACUGUUGUGUUGUUGUGUUAAUUAUUUGGCAGAGUUUGAGUUGGCAAGACUGUGUCCCCCUUCCAUUCUCCGUUGACCAACCGCUACCGCUAUCGCUUGCACGAUUUUGACAACACUUUUACAGCGGGAGCGGGCCGGGCCCGCUAUCCCCGCUCCCACUCUUCGUGCAUAAACGGGGCCUUAUGCAUACUACUACUUUUUAUGUUUUUAUUUCCAUUGUUAAAUCUAAGCAGGAUAACUAUAAGUAAUGCAUGAAUUGUGUAUUAUUAAGAAAUAAUCCUUAGUUGUGAAUGUAAGACCAGUAGAAUGAUCUUUGGAUUUAGAAAGGUAUACAACGUGUUCAUCCAUGUAAUUUAAAUCAAACACCCAUAACACUUGUAAUGAUCAUUAUGCCAUUUCCUUUUGUUUCUAGUUUUAUUUUGGAGGUGUUUUUUUUUUUAGAUUGAAGUGUUUUCUUUUUAAGGAUUUUUAAAGUUCUAACCUCCCUGGUUUUUUUUCUAAUCUGAUCUGUAAUUCAUCACAAUGUUGAUGAUGAAAACUUACAUACUACUCUUUACAUAUUUAAGGUUCAAAUGUUUACUGGCUUGUUUAUUAUAUGAGACAAUUGCUUGCUUGAAAUCUCAAGAAAAAGUAGGGGAGAUUUUUAACAAGAACCUAACAUGCUAUUUUAAAAGUGAAGCUCUUUUGAAGUAAAAGCCUGCCUUCACUCAGUACAAUUUUAAUUAAUCAAACUUUCUUAUUUACCACUCCUUCAAUUAAUUAUUUAUUAGGAAAUUAAAUCAAUACAUGCAGUAGGGCCUACUCAGUUUUACACUCGUUAUUUAAACCACUUUUUACUGAAUCAGCUUCUAUACUCUUACUCCAGAAUUGGUUAGGGGUUUCUGUUAUCAUGUCAUGUUCAGCGCGAGAGCACCAGUGGACCAGUGAAUGACCGUUUAAGCUUAAGUUUCAUAUUAUAUAGCAUUUAAUAUUGUACUAACCAACAUCUUUUUCACCAAAUAACCCGUUCAAGAUUUUUAUGUUGAAUACAGCAUGGCACCCUGUAUAUGAUAAUAAUAAUAACCAUUUCAGGAUCAUUAAAGUAUAGAUUCUAGUGAAUUACCACUUUUCAUCUAGUUAAUUACUGUAACUUUUAACUCAUUAAUGCUGACUCACGUGUGUCGUAGCUUGUCACCGAAUCUAACCUACAAGCGCUAGUGUCGUGUGCUUAUACUGGCAAUCAACCCGUUUGGCCGACAGGGCAUGGUAUCUCAGUUUGCUAAGGCACUGCACUGAUGUGUGUAACGUCACAGAAAACGUACUACAGUAGAGUCCCGCAAACUCGGCGUAAUGUGGACUGGAAGGGUGCUGAGUUUGUGAAAUGCCGGGUUAUCAGGAACUAGGGUUUAAAAUAAGAAAAAAUACAAUUUUUAAGCUUUUUAACCGCCUUUUUUUAUUUGUAUUUAUAUUACAAGUCAGUAUUAAGUCAUCAGAUAUAGUGAAACUAAUCCUUGGUAUGAGUUGCGAAUGAUUUGACUAGAGCUGGCUUGAGUCCAUUUUUAACUCUGACUCAAAAAAUCACUGAUUUUCUGAACCAGGUGAUGGCCGAGUUAUCCAGACUGCCGGGUUACCGAGAGCCGAGUUUGCGGGACUCUACUGUACUAUAACCCA